CAUGUGAACGCUACUGUUUCUCCUCUUUUUCCUUCCCCUUGUUGCUCAUAAUGAACAGGACGCAGCUGAAGAGGUCCAGUAUCCUCAGAAUGGCUCUGGCCGGUUCGGACACCGUGGACCCGGAGGCCCAGGAGCAGCCGUUCGUGUUCCGGGCGGUCCGCAUCGCGGCUGUGGUGGCCCUGUACUGGUUCGUGUCCAUCACCAUGGUGUUCCUCAACAACUACCUGCUGGACAACCGGGACCUGGACGCGCCGCUGUUCGUGACUUUGUUCCAGUGUGCGGUGACCGUGGGGCUGUGCCGGCUCAUGCAGCUGCUGUCCGCCCUGUGUCCCGGACUCAUCGACUUCCCUGCGGUCCGCUUUGACCUGAAGACGUCCCGGGAGGUGCUCCCUCUGUCCGCGGUCUUCAUCUGCAUGAUCACCUUCAACAACCUGUGCCUCAAACACGUCGGAGUGGCUUUCUACACCGUGGGUCGAUCCCUGAGCACAGUGUUCAACGUGUUCCUGUCAUAUGUGGUCCUCAAACAGACCACAUCCUUCCAGGCCCUGCUGUGCUGUGGGGUCAUCCUAGGUGGAUUCUGGCUUGGUGUAGACCAGGAGGGCACAGCAGGAUCCCUGUCCUGGUCCGGUGUGGUUUUCGGAGUGCUGGCCAGCGCCUGCGUCUCCCUCAACGCCAUCUACACCAAAAAGGUGAUGCCGGCAGUGGACGGAAACAUCUGGAAGCUGUCCUACUACAACAACAUCAAUGCCUGCGUCCUCUUCCUGCCGCUCAUUCUCGUGUUCGGAGAGCUGGGCCGCGUCGCCAGCUUCAGCCGCCUCACGGACCUCGGUUUCUGGGGAAUGAUGACGGUCGGAGGGGUGUUCGGGUUUGCCAUCGGCUACGUCACGGGCCUCCAGAUUAAAUAUACGAGUCCGCUUACGCACAACGUCUCAGGGACGGCAAAAGCCUGCGCACAGACCGUCAUUGCGGUGGUGUACAACUCCUCCAGCAAAAGCCUGCUGUGGUGGACCAGUAACAUGAUGGUUCUGGGUGGAUCAUCAGCCUAUACUUGGGUCAAAAGUCAAGAAAUGAAGAAAACUCCCCACAGAGAACCCCAGGAUUCAGCUAAAGAAAAACUACUGGAAGGGGAAAAAGGCAACAUGGGAGUAUAAUCGUCUGUGAUAUCGUUAAAAUAAUGUGGGAAUCUUAAUAUAAUGACUGAUUAGUGAGUAUGUAAACUGUGGGUUUUUGUAGUUGAUGUGGGUUAAAUCAUGCAGUGGGUUUAUACAGUCUGAGGGGAUUUGUAUAUUUAUUUAUAUUCAAAG